CAGAAAAAGCAAGUCGGUGAUGGGAAGUGCUCUAAACAGCUCUAAAGUGCUAUACCCAUAAGGCAUGUAAGGCAGCAUUGCUGUUACUGUUGUUAAGACACAAGAACCUUUUAGGAGAACUAAUAGCCACUUAAUACUCCUGAGUCUAGCCCAUCACAUCCCCAAGAUCUGUUGUGAAAGAUGCUAAUCAAAACAGUCGUUAGAGGGACAGGGUUAAUCCAGUCUUCUUCCUUUUAGAUGUAGUCCCUAACUGAAAUAGUUCCCCUUCUUCUUAAGAAGGAAGCCAGACCAACGCCCCCACCAAGUCCUAUAAAGCCCAGACAGACCAGCUGACCAAAGUUCCUUAUUCUCUUGCUGUUAGCUGAAACUUUUUAUAAAAUAAAUUUGCUGUUUCACUUUUCUUUUAAAUAAGCAAACUGAAUUACUUGGAGGAGGAAAGCAGGAGGAAUAGAGGAGACAGAGCGAAGCCAGCUGGAACACAGAGACCUUCGGGUACCCAGGACCCGGUAUUUGCUGCGCAGACAGAGACAGAGGAGCUUUGUGACAGAGGGCUGGAGCUGGGUUUAAGCCCCAUCCCACCACUAAGUGACAAGUGAACUUGGGCACACAAGCUAUUCCAUAUCUUUGCACUUUAAUUUUCCUCAUCUAUAAAAGAGCCAGUUCAGAUUACCUAGGGCUGUUUGGGGACUAAUUGAGCUAACACACGGAAGGAGUUUUGCAGAGCGCCGACCGCAUGCUGCUCAUUUUGAAUGGGCAAACAUCUGUGGCUGACAGAGGACGUGUACUUUCCCAGAACCCUCAGGCAGGCCUGGCCCAGGCGGGUAGCUUGAAGUGAGGGAAGUGAGGGUAGCUGACGAAAUCAGACAACCAAGGGCCUGCUGUUAACUUGCUGGAAGGAUUCUCAGUGGGAGAGUUCGAAGUCCCAGAGACAGUGGCCAAACAGAGGACCCAGGACGUCACCUAGUGGUAAUCUGGGAGGCUACGGCGGUCAACUCUCCUGUCCUGGGGCUCACAGCUUAGGUGCUGCACCCAAAUCCCAUCAUUAAUUCCUUGUAAAGAUGCUGCGGACUGCACCGACCUUUAUUCUCCAGCAGAUUCUCUGUUCUUCAGCGGUGUAUCGUGAUCUCACAGCCUCCGGUUGUGUAAUGCUUGUCGCUUGUUGCUCCCCGGGACGUGUCUGUGUCGGCGUGUCUGAGUGCCUCGGGCUUCAGGUUCUGAGACAGGUCGCAGGCCCCGAGCUCAGCACUGAAGAGCAUCUUAUGGAAUUCAUAUUCUGUGGAAGAUACUUCGGGAAGUGCUGAAUUAAAGAAAAAUUUUUUCUUCUUUGACAUCAUUUACAUGUCAACCAUGUUUUCUGAGUUACACCUUCACAUAAGUGUCUGAAGGAGAAUUGAAAAACAUCCUUGCUGCAUCAGAAAUGUAUUAACAAGCCAUCUCUUUGGGGAAACACAAUUCCUGGAGGGGUGGUAAUUUUAAACAUCUGACAUCCUCUAACAAUGACCUUGAGUACACAGGGUAAGUUAGUGUGUGGCAGGUGGGUGUAAGCCCGAUGUCCACAUAAGAAGUAGACGAGUGGUAACGGGGAAUUUAAGAAUCAUUUCUCAAAAUAGGAAUGAGCCUUUUUCAUUAUUUGAGCAUCUGUGGGUGGAAAGUCAUUUGAUGUGGACAGAUGCCUUUAGUGGAGUCAAACAGGUCCUGCAAAGCAGGCUGGAAGGUUGUUGAAGAAAAUAAUGAUUUCCAUCCGGGUUAGACCCAAUCUUUGUUCCCACUCCCAAAGGGUUAGGUUUUGCCGAUAGGGUUGUAAGGACUUCAGCAGAAGCAUUUUGUUGAUAUGGGGUCAAUAUACAAUUUUUAUAAGACUGAAAUUGGGGUUAAUUAUGUGAGGGGAAACUUAACUAUCAGAAGGGAUAUGGAGAAGAAAAUUUACAUCUUGAAGUGUUUUUUUAUUUAUUUGUUUUUUGUUUGGUUGGUUUUAGUUAUUAAAUGUUGUCAGCAAUCAGUUAAAUUCAGAACAGUAGCUAUGAUCUAAGAAAAAACAAACAACCCAGAGGGGUGCCUGCGUGGCUCAGUCAGUUAAGUAUCCGACUCUUGAGCUCAGGUCUUGGUCUCAGGGUUGUGAGUUCAAGCCCCACAUUGAGCUCCAUGCUGGGUGUGGUGCCUACUUGAAAAAAAAAGAAAAAACAACUCAGAGAAUUCUGUUUUCUCUUAAGUGGCAAAGACUGUAAUGGGUCCCAGGAUGAAGAUAAGGGAGAUCAUAUUAGUUAAUAGACAGGGUAAAAGUACAAUGAUGAACAAAAUGAGUAGUAAGGAGAAAGAAAAGGGUGCUAAAGAAUUAGAAAAUUAAUUUUGUUCUGUCUUGUGUGAAAGCUGUCUGCUUCUGUAGUCAAUAUCUGCCCUUCUAUAAAUCAACAGCUUCUGGAGAAUUUCUAAAAAUCUUCAGUUUGAGGUUUUUCAAAGGAAUGGACUUCCAGUAGUUGAGGGAAAGUUCUGUGUGUCUUUUUAGUUGGGAGACAUGAGUCCAAAAGUUAAAAUAUUGGAGUGUUAAUACAGUGUCUGUUGUUAAAGAUAGCAAUAGGAUCCUCUCCAUCUAGGGUCAAGAGAAGUUUUUCUCUGAUGUCUUUUCUGGAAGACCAAAUAUCUAGGUUUCAGAUCACACGGAGACAGCUUUGGAGAAUAUUUUGGAAAUGCAACUUCCCUGUAGUCAUCACAUUAGAUCACAAUAGAAUAGGAUCAAGGAUUGGAAGUAAUCCCCAAAUGCACAAGGCAGCUUGUUAUGUACUCGGGAGGAGAUAAUUUCUGGGUUCCAGGGGGGAUUGAUCUCAUUGCCUGUAAUCAAGGCCAAUGGAAACACUUCAAUCCUUAGAAGUUUGAGGGUGUUAGAAUUCCAUUAGUUCUUGUUACAUUCCCUGUUGUCUGUGGAUAAGGACAGCGACGUUUCUAAGUAAAAGUUAAAGCUUUACUGUUCUUUGAUGACUCUAUCAGUGAAAUGUGUGUCUCUUACAGAAGAGACAAGCUGGGAUUCCCAAAUUAAGCAAUUUUUUUUUUUCCUACCAUACCCCAGACAGAGCUCUAUAGCAAAGAAAAGCCUUAACACGCUCUGAGAAUAAACAAUAACCAGAACACAUUCAAAGACCUUCUGGAGAUGUUCAAAGGAGCCUUGGGACUGUGGUUGUCCAUGUUCUACCUUUACAGACUUGCUAGCAUUGUGUUGACGGCAGAUAGGGCAUGCAUGGGAGCAUCCUUAGCAGUAGCCUUCAGAUUACCCUGCCGGUGUUGGUUUAAUACCAUCGCCAGUUCAUCUCAGUUGUUGUAGGUAAUACCAUGAAGCAGCCUUGCUAAACUCUACUUUUAUUAUGGCUGUUUCUUUGAGUGGUAGCAAACAUCUGAGGGUUCUCUGAUUCAUUGUUUACUUUAUAGGGAGUCUUGUAGUGUCAGGAAAUCUCUAUUUCUAACGUAUUUUGAAUUCAUGGAUGAAUCCAAAAUCAUAUUCCGUGUAUCCAUAUAAGUAUUUGUUCUUUUAUCCUUUUGUCAGCAAGUCUGGGUAAAGGCACUUAACUUGGUCAUCUGACUUUAUUUUAUUUCAAGAUAAAGCUUAUAUUUCAAGAGUAAAUUCAAAUCAGAGAUAGCAUAGCCUGCUUGGCAAUUUUAUCUUUCUUUCUAAGUAUGAGCCAACAAAAUUAAAUCAGGGAUAUGCAAGGGAGAAUCUAGAAGGUCCAUGCAAGGUAUGGACACCUCGGUUACUAAGAUAACCAGUCAUGGGCUUUUACACACACACACACACACAUAGGAGGAAAUCAGGGUAGCUUGGUUUAAUGUUACAGUAAUGGAUCGUUAUGUUUUAAGGGAAACCAGCAGAAUUGUAUAGGAGCUUAUGUGAUUUGGCUGAGAAGUCCCAAGUCAUAUCUAAUAAAAGGAACAGGGGGAAACUAUUUUUUUUAAGUAAUCCCUACACCCAAUGUGGGGCUUGAACUCAGAACCCAGAGAUCAAGAGUCCCACGCCCUGCCUACUGAGUCAGCCAGGUGCCCCCAACAGGGAGACUAUUAAGUUUAGUGGAGACCAUAGAACUAAGUUGACAAAGUUGACUUAAGGCUUCUAGAAGCCUUGCUGGAGCUGCUAUAGCUCUUAAACAAGAUGGUUACAUGUGGCUAGUAGGUCUGAUGAAAGACUGAAAUCAAAAGUUGACCUCUGACGAUUCCCAUGUAACUGAAUCAGAAAGUCUAGUGCUUGUUCAGAUUGGUCAUGACCAAAAAGGAGAAAGGGUUCGUGAAUCUAGAAACCUGGGAAAAAAUCUUUUUAUCUCGGUUAUAGUAAUCUUUGCAUUUAAAUGCAAACAUGCUUCUUUUAACUUAAAAAUAUGUAAUCCCUGAAAGAUAUUUGCAUUAGCAUAUUUUACCUAAGUAUAAUCAACUUUUUUGGGGUAACUUAUCGGCUUUCUUAUUACUUGUUUGGCAAACCAAAACGCUCUCGCAAUAGUUUUAGAUUAAUUAAAAUUCAGAGGAUUUUUAGAAAUCUAAUUAUUCCCACUGUUCCUUCCUUUCAUAGGAUGAAGGAACAAAGCUUGUAUUACCCCUUGGCCAUUUUAAUAAAACCCCAAGAUGGUUUGGGCACAAAAAACAAAUUAAUGGCUUUAUCCUAAAUUUGGGUGUCUGAAUUUGGGAAAGAAAGAAUCAGGAAUAGUUGCUUAAGGAGAGAAGAUAUAACUCACAUUGUGCCUGUUUAUUUAGACCAUAUGUUCCUAGAACGUGCACAUAAAGAGUGAAGGACUCUUUUGAUCAGCAUGGAGAGAAAACUUAUGUCCUUGCCUCCAUCCAUCUCCAUACCAGAAAUGGAACCCAAUGGCACCUUCAACAGUAACGACAGCAACAGGAACUGUUCAAUUGAGAACUUCAAAAGGGAUUUUUACCCCUCUGUGUACCUGAUAAUAUUUGUCUGGGGAGCCUUGGGAAAUGGCUUUUCCAUCUAUGUUUUCCUGCAGUCUUAUAAGAAGUCCACGUCUGUGAAUGUUUUCAUGCUAAACCUGGCCAUUUCAGAUUUCUUAUUCACAAGUACACUACCCUUCAGAGCUGACUAUUACCUCAGAGGUUCCAAUUGGAUAUUUGGGGACCUGGCCUGCAGGAUUAUGUCUUAUUCUAUGUAUGUCAACAUGUACAGCAGCAUUUAUUUCCUGACUGUGCUGAGCAUCGUGCGUUUCCUGGCAACUGUUCACCCCUUCCGGCUCCUCCAUGUCACCAGCAUCAGGAGUGCCUGGACUCUGUGUGGGAUCAUAUGGAUCCUUAUCAUGGCUUCCUCCGUAGUGCUUCUGAAAAAUGGCUCUGAGCAGAAGGGCGGUGCCAUAUUAUGCUUAGAGUUGAAUAUCGGUAAAAUUGUUAAACUGCAGACCAUGAACUACAUUGCCUUGGUGAUAGGCUUCCUGCUGCCAUUCUUCAUGCUCAGCAUUUGUUACCUGCUGAUCAUUCGAGCUCUGUUAAAGGUGGAGGUCCCAGAAUCGGGUCUGCGGGUUUCUCACAAGAAGGCACUUAUCACCAUCAUCAUUGCCUUGAUCAUCUUCCUCCUGUGUUUCCUGCCCUAUCAUGUACUGAGGACCCUGCACCUGCUUGUGUGGAAAGUGAAUAAAUGCCAAGACAAGCUGCAUAAAGCUGUGGUCAUCACACUGGCCUUGGCAGCAGCCAACAGCUGCCUCAAUCCUUUGCUCUAUUACUUUGCUGCGGAAAAUUUUAAGGACAGACUAAGGUCCAUACUCCUAAAAGAUCACCUACAGAAGAAAAAGUGCAGCAUUCCUGUCUGCAUGUGGUUGAAAAAGGAAACACAAGUUUAAGGGGUUAGGAGGUGAGGCCUGUUCUUGUAUCCUUAUGCUGACCUUCAUUCACACAUAGUCUCAAAUGACCAUGUAUUUACACCAUUUCCACAAAGGUCAAUCAAGUCCUACUCCAAACAUUUUAUUAGGUGUGUUUUCAGUGGUUGAGUCUAGAUGAGAAAUGUAGCAAGCAAAAUCUCCACUAGUCUUGCAACCUAAAAUGUUAGACUGGGAAAAAAUACUUAGCAAUUGUGUGCUUCUUUUCAUCAGAUUCUGUACCACCAGAUCUUGGUCCCACCAGGCAUUCUAAAUUAACUUUAAGAUAAGCUCAGAUUCCCCAGCUUCUCCAGUUCCUCUUGCAUCUUCAAUCCCCUAAGAUAUAGCCAGUUAACAAAGCUAAAGGAGGUUCCAGAGCAGAUAAGAAAAGCAUCCUAAGAAUUCACUGAAAAGACUUUGUGAAGAAGGCUGCCCUUUGACAAAGCAGAGUCAAGGUCCCAAACAAGAACAGUGAGAGAAAAAGGGAGAGAAGGACUGGGGGCAAGAAAGAGCUGGUGAAAAGUAGGGAGAAGGAGAAAUUUCAUUUUGCACUGGGAAAGAGGCUCUAGUACACUGAAGGCAAGAAGGUUCUCUUUGCCUGUCUCUUGCCAGGGGGCUAGAAAAGAUAGGAAGAGUAAGAGGAGGAACUGGGCCAUUGCCUAGGGGUGGCGGGAUUAUGUGUGAAAUAGCCGAGAAGAGGGGGUCAAUUUUACUCUUGGGAUUUAGGUUUGGACUGACUUCACUGCAGUUCUCAGUCUUGCACAUUAAUCUAUUGGGAUGGGAGCCAGAAGAGAGGUGGUUGCUCUAAGUGUUUGGCUGGGCACUGAGAGAGAGGGUGGGGUAGAGGACAAGUUGUAAAGGUUGUUGUACCCCUGACGUUCUAUUAAUAUUUUGGCAAAAUAUGAAUAGGGUGGCUUUCCUUUUGAAGGAGUACGGAAAAGAACUGGAUAGUGGGAAGGGGUUCUUUCUGUCCACUGAAACAAAGCUAGGGAGACUACCAACUUCUUCCUCCAGACCCCAGACCACUGUACCACCAACAAUUGAAUGCUCUCUCCAUGCUGGGCAGACUGUGCCAGACACUUCACAUUCAGUAACCCUACUUAACCCUCACACCAAAGUCUUAUGUUUCUACUUUACGAAUGAAGAACCUGAAGCUCAGAGAAAUUAAGAAGCUUGUUCAAGUUCACACAGCUUGUAAGGGUUUAAAAAAUAUCUGUGGAGAAGGGUUAGCUGGUGCUUACACCACCGCUCUCCCUACAAAUCUCCAGGAAGAUUGGUAGAAAGUGAAUAAAAGUUCCCUUUCCCCACCAGGCACCUACCUCUCCUCAUUCUCACAAGAUUUUCUCUUUGGAGUUAUUGACCUCAGGGGGAGUGGAGUGUGGGAGGGAGGUGGUCACCUCAAGCUAGGGAGAAAGGGAAUAUCUUCAUAGUAAACAAGAGCCCCAGGGCCCUUCCCUUACUCAGCUGUCAGAAUGCUGAUAGACUCAUAUCCUGUCAAAACAGGAGCCCGCAGGAUCCCCCUAUGGGGAAACUGUCCGACCCAAGAAAAAGACUAACAGAUACAGACUGUUGAGGAUUUCCCAACACAAAAGCCAGCACCUGCCCUAUUACCUACCUGAAAGGGAAGCCCACAGUGCAACUAAUCCCUUCCAUUCAGAGAGCAUCUAGUCAACCUGUUAGAGCCUCACUCUUAAUUAUGAACAGUCAAUGACCACUACACUUUGGGGGCAGGGGGCAAAGGCCCAAACAUGAAAAACACCUACAAAUAAAUGAGAGGGUAGACAGAGACAUUUUCAGUAUGAAAGGUCUCAACACUUUUAUCACCCUUGCACUUUUUAUCAGAAACCCACUGGAGGAUUUGCUCCUCCAAAAUAAAUGAUUAAGCCAAGAUAGAAGAAAACAUGGCAUCUAAGAAACAAGGAAUCCAACACAGGAGAAAGGUGAACAACAUAAGAUGUUGGUGGUAGCAGAAAAACAAGAAACUAAUUGAUUUGCGUGCAUUGGAGGGAUUUGUACUUUUCUUGAAGAACUUGGGAUGAAGUAGUGAAAAUACAUAGAAAAAUAAGCAAGGGAAAAGACACUGUGAUCAAUGAAUGCUAGCAGAAAAACAGUUGUUUAAGAACAGAAGUAUAAUCGUAGUACACUACAUGGCUCAGCUGUGACUAAUGUUUACACAGAGAAUAAUGUAAAUAACAAAAUACUGUGAUAUAACUUUUUUAAGAAAUGAGAGGAUAUGUAUGUGGGGGAGGGGUGUAAGAAGUCUAGGUCUCCAUCUGCCAUCACAGAAAAUGCAUAACAACUAAAGCUAGAGAAUGAUAAAAGCUGUAGAAAAAUCUUAUUUAGCAAUAGGAGCUACAGUCCAGAAGAAACUGUGAAAAGGACGGACAGGGAUGGCCUCUGGAGAGUUUGGGGUGGGACAAUACAGUGGAGAUUUCUCUUUUCCUUUUAAGAACUUUUUAGCCAUCUAACUUGUAAAUAUGUAUUGUUGAAAUAAAAAUUAAGUUUAAAUUAAACUUUAAAAGUCGAA